CGACUGUCAUACUUCCAGCAACUCAACAACGGGCAAGAUGUCGCGCUUCGACGAUGAGAAAUUCAAGCAGCUCCAACUAAAAGUCAAAUUUAAUGUGAUUCCAAAAACGAGAUUGAAAACGUUCAGCAAACUGUUCACUGUACCGUUGGGGCUGGCGAAGAGCGAGCCGGGCAACUUCGUCAUGACUACCAUAUACGCGGAAAAUGCCGAGAAAAUUUACCGCAUGAAGCCGAGGAGCGACGACGUUUGGUUACUCACAUUCCCCAAAUGCGGUACAACGUGGACUUCUGAGUUGCUUUGGUUAGUGAAAAAUGACUGCGACACGGAUAGAGCCGCCAAAAUUCCGCUACACGCCCGAGCUCCUUUUCUCGAGAUGGGUUACUUGAGCGCAGCGGACGGACCAAUGAAAAAAAUCAUGAUGACAGUUGACAAAGUGGAUAAGCUUCCAUCACCUAGAGUUAUCCGACCGCAUUUGCCGAUGUACCUCCUCCCACCAGACCUGCUCGAAACAAGCAAGGUGGUUUACGUCGCACGCAACCCAAAAGAUGUCAUUGUUUCUUACUAUUUCCAUCACAAAUUAUUCAAAUUGCAUGGAUAUACCGGAGAUUUAGAAGAAUUUGCUGAAAUUCAAUCAGUGAGGCACAAUCUGUUCGAAAGUCAACACGCAAUCCAAAAAAUGCCUAGCUUCGACGAUGAGCAACUCAAGCAACCCCAGCUGAAAGUUAAGUUUAACGUUAUUCCAAAAACAAGGUUGAAAAAAUUCAAUCAAUUGUUCGCCGGUUACAAGACGGGACUUGCUCAGAGUGAUCCUGGCAAAUUCGUCAUGACUACGUUGUACGCAAAGCAUGCAGAAAUACUCUACCGAAUGGAACCAAGAGCUGACGACAUCUGGCUACUGACUUUCCCAAAAUGCGGUACAACAUGGACAUCUGAGCUUUUGUGGCUGUUGAUGAACGAUUGUGACACAGAGAAAGCAAAAACAACUCAAUUAACGACUCGUACGCCAUUUAUAGAGGUACCAUUCCUAAAUCCGGUAACCGAACUAUCACCAGAGGCGAUGCAGAUGCUAAAGUCUUACGAAAAAAUGCCAUCUCCACGUAUUUUCAAAAGUCACUUGCCAUUUUACUUACUCCACCCCAAACUACUAGAUACCUCAAAAGUGGUUUACGUAGCACGGAAUGCCAAAGACGCCAUUGUUUCAUUCUAUCACCAUCACAAAUUGCUGAAACUGCACGAUUUUCAGGGAAACCUAGAAGAAUUCGCUGAUUACUUUAUGGAAGACGAAGUGUUGUACGCGCCUUUUUUCCCUCACGUACUGGACGCUUGGUCAAAACGUAAUCAUCCCAAUAUGCAUUUCAUGUUCUUCGAAGACAUGAAGAAGGACUUGAAAGGACAAAUAUCGAAAGUUGCGAUGUUUCUUAAUCAGUCGCCAACUGACGAGCAAUUGGACAAGAUAACUGAGCACUUGCGAUUCGAUAAUUUCCAACAGAACGAAGCAGUCAACAAUGAAGCCGGAAAGAAAGUGGGAUGGUUGAAUCCUGAUGGCAGGUUUAUACGUAAAGGUAAAACGGGAGACUGGAAAAACCAUUUCAGUGCGGAAUUGAACAGCCGAAUCGACCAGUGGAUUGAGAAGAAUUUGGCCGGAAGUGAUUUAAAGUUCGUGACAGAACUAGAGCAACAAGAUUAAGUCACUAAAUUAGAAAAUUAUAAAAUAGUUUUUUCAAGUCAGUUUGGAAUAACUUGAAAGGUCAAGUUGGAACCAUCUUAAUAAAGGUUUGGAUAAUCA